AUGGGAGCAGCUUAUCAUAUCCUGGGGAGAACAGUUCAACCACACACGUUGGCAAUUGCCACUAUCGCAGCUACCGUAGGUGGAGCCGUGUAUUCCAUGACCGGAUCCAAGCCGGAAAAGACUCAGGAGACUAGUGUCGACAGUAGUCAGAAAACGACACAAUCAGAACCAGACAUUGAUAUCGAAAAACUGGUGGAUCAAUUUAUUAGGGACGAAAAACAGUGA